GUGGUUUGCCGUAAAAGUGGAUGCAUGCCGCCCAAGCUAGACGGCAGUAGAGGGAGUGUAAGGAGUGAAGCCAAAGGCGUGGAGGGGCAAGCCUGACGCCAUGGCUGGCCUACCUAGGAGAAUCAUAAAGGAGACCCAGCGGUUAAUGGCAGAGCCAGUGCAGGGCAUUCGAGCCGUUCCCGACGAACAAAAUUCGAGAUACUUUCACGUAGUCGUGGCCGGCCCUAAAGAUAGUCCUUAUGAGGAUGGGACGUACAAACUGGAACUGUUUCUACCAGACGAAUACCCAAUGGCUCCACCCAAAGUGCGCUUCAUGACAAAAAUAUAUCACCCGAACAUCGACAAGCUCGGCAGGAUAUGCUUGGACAUCUUGAAAGACAAGUGGAGUCCAGCACUACAGAUAAGGACAGUACUGCUCUCCAUACAAGCCUUGCUGUCUGCUCCCAACCCCGAUGACCCUCUGGCAAACGAUGUCGCUGAACAGUGGAAGAAAAACGAGUCCAAGGCCAUUGAAACAGCACGGCAAUGGAAUAGACUCUACGCUACCACUAAGUAGGAAACUAGUCCCACAGUUGUUGUGUACCUAUUAUAAUAAUUAUUGUGUAACCACUAUAAUAUUUUCAAGUUUUAUUAAACUACAAAAUCCUGUGAGUGUUGUAUUACAAAAAAAUCUAUGGACAAGUAUACGGAGUCAUCAAUAGUUUACGGAUUUCCGUAUACUCCGCGUGCCCAAAUUAAUGGGAGAGAGCGUAGGAGGAGGAUGAGUGAGUACAGUAGAGUAUGAGCAGAAGAAGUCGAGAGUGGGCAAGGAAACCUAAGUGAGGGUCUCUUACAAGGUAAUACUUACUGUAAAUGCACGCAUUCCGCAACUACCACGCUAAUACUUUCAGUUGCGGAAGAAAAACGAUACGAGGUAUAAUUUUACCGUGGAGAUAAAGAAAACCGUCUUUGUGCGAGUGCACGUGUACCUAGUUAGAGUUUGGAACUACUGAGCUUGCACAGUUGCUCCUAGAAUUGCUCCUAGAAUUGCGUCCUAGCCGCCACUAGUGUCGUAUGGAUCCCCAAGGCCCUCGUCUCAUCUCCCCAUACCGUGCCCCCACCAUCUCCGAGCGAAAAAAGUGGUUGUUCAUGACGCAGGAGAAGCAGCCGGCGCCACAUCGAGGGGAGGAUCUCACCAGCCAAAGUCCCUCACUAAACAAACUGCGACUGUCAACAGCUGCUAAACUCCGAAGAGCACCUCAAUUCUUCCGUAUAAACAAAAAGAUGAACAAGAAGCCUCCCAUCCCUGAGAAAUCAGAGCGGAUCAAGAACCUGCCUGUGCCUCGACCUAGGAAUGCCCCCCUCCUCCGAAACCACUGCCGUACAAUGUACACAGGUCAGAAAUGGCAAAGAAGCCAGACCCAGCACCGCGAAAGGUGACCAGACAGGGAAACGGCAUUCCCUCCAGCGUCACGAAUCACCAGACCACUACAGGUAGUCAUGAGACCACUAAUUCAGGUAGCGAGGAGACCUCCCCCCCUCGUCCAACCCACCCCCGUGCGAAAUUUCCAAAACCAAGCCCCUCUAGGUUACGCUCGACCGGGAUUACUUCUAGACCUCGUCUCGAUACCCCAGUCACUCCACCCAACCUGAACACGGUGCCUCAAAAUGGAGUCUCAUCUCCUCCAGUCCCUGCGGUAAGAGGAGGGACUGCAGCUACACCCCCACCGACAAGGCCCCGCCAUUUCCCCCCCGAAAACAAGAAGUCCUCCAUAGCCGUGAACGGUCGUGGAAAGAUGCCCCUGCCGCCUGUCCCAAGAGACCAACAAGGCUCUAGAGGUAGUGGAGAAGCCAGUGUACAGGUGUACUCAGAGGCAUUAGAUGAAGGUUCCGUUUCUGAAAAGGCAGUAGAUGACGAGGAGAAUGAGCUGUAUUCGACUAUCAGUGACUCUCCACGAUGUGUAAGAACACCUACUCCAUCUAAGACUCCACCCUCUGGUUCCAUGACCCCACCUUUGCCAGCCUCCUCACUCCUCGCACACUUCUUCACCUACCAUUGUUUCUUCACCCGGGAGUGAGUACAGCGUGACUAGCCACACCGCUGCUGCUAAGAACUCCGGGACGAAAAUCAACUCACCUCUUGCCGUUCCUAACCCCACUCCACCUGACACAUAUUCCAUGCUCGCGAGACCGGAUCAACCCAACAAGCCCUUCAAUCAGGUUACAAGUGGGGAAAUGUACUCGUCAUUGGAGUUGGACGGGAUUCAGCAGCUGGCCCCUCCAGUUAAACCUGCUUAUCUGGAUGAGGGAUAUAGCCAUUUGGAAUUUGAUGGAACUGUCGGCUACUAACUUACAAGCUGGUGCAGAACACUACGAGGUGAACACUAGUCCAGUGGGAGCCGAUGACUCGCCGGUAAGAAGCGUACGGCGGGCUACAAAUCCCGCUAGCAUGGCCAUUUACGAGGAGGUGUCCCCUCAAGACGAAAAUGUCCCGAACUGUACUAGUGAGAAGAAGCACAGACCUUUGGGCUACACUAAAUCAGUGCCACUGGAGGAGAAAACAUCGCAAACCAUUCCACAGGCGAAACCCAAGGUUGUUCCACGGCAGAACCUAGAGCUGCAUGAUCAAACCUCAAUAACUAGUGAGUGGGGAAAACAUGCAGAGGAAGUGGUUGAUGAUGUCACAGGUAAUGUUGUGGGUGUGGUGAAACUUGCACCAGCUCCGGCCCCAAGAUCUUGGAAAAAAUCAAAGACGCUUCAAAAUGAUAGUGGUUUUGGGCAAGGAGACGAGGGUAGGUUUGGUUAUUUUGGGAUUCACAAGAGCCUUGCAUGGAAGAUGAAGACCUUUAUACCAUUCCUCUUAAUGCUGAGAAUGAGAACACCCCUGAGCCUUCGCCGUCUAUUCAAGAGAUGAUGGAAGCAGUUGAGGCUAUACCCCUUGAAAGUGUCCAUUUUGCGACUUCUGGUCAGGAAACCUGGAGUGUAAGUAAAGAACGGGUAGAUCGCAAAAUACAGCAUCAACAGCCUCUUUCAGCGGAUUUGGAUGAGGGCGUAGUACAAACAGCAACUGUGGAAGAUGGCAGAGAAAGUAGCUCUUCUUUUCUGCGAGAGUGUCUGAGCGAGUUUGAUAAAAUAAAGAGCAGUGAGCUUCCUUCGAAUAGUCCGACACACAUAAUGGUCAACAUUGAUGAAAUGAACCAACAGAAAGAUCAGGGGGGAAAUGAAGGAGUGCCUGAAGACGAGGUUAAAAGACAGGGAGAUGUCGAUGAUGAAAAGAGUCACAGGCAUUCGUAUGAAAAUCAGGUUAUAGUUGAUCAGAACAAAGACGGAAAUAACGAGUGCGAUGUACUAGUUGUAGAACACUAUGAAAUGAACACCGUCAAUCCUACAGAAGAGUCCACACAUAAUUCACAAGGAGCUGUAGGUGAGGAUUUAUCACAGACUGUGAAAAAACCUGCUAUAGAACUCGAUGAUCAGGGAUACUGCAAGGUCGAGGUGAGCAAAAAUAAAGAUCAAAGUUUGAGCCUGGUGGAGGACGUGUUGAGCCACUUUGAGAACACCACCCUGAGUGAUCUGCCUCCUCUCUCUCAAGACGAUGACAUUACCAACUACGACAUGAAGACAGUGGAACAUCCACCGGUGACAACCAAUGCCCAGGGUUAUUCCUACUGUGGCAUUGACCUGAGAAGUCCAAGUGAGCUGACGGCUGGAGGUACUGGCUUUAGCACCUCUCACGACAACAGUGGAUAUCCUGCUGCUCCCGAUCCACCACCACCCAGAGGCUAUACAGGGAUUGAAGUGUCCAGCUCAGGAGUAGUAGUUGAUCACCCUACAGAGCGAGAGGAUCAUGCUGAAAGAGACCCUAGACCACCCGAAACAGCACCCAAACCUUCCAGAAGAAAGGGAGAGCCUUUCAAGCCACUUGAUAAUGCUGAGAUGCGUGGAGAAGUAGCUGAAGUAGAGGAAGGCUUGCUUCAGGCUGCUGUAGAGGAGGAUACCAAAACAGAAUUGUCUGACACUGACAGUCUCUAUGCCAGGGUUCUGGAUGUCACAAAAGAGCCUAGUAACAAAGUUGAUUCUUCCCCAAAACCGUCUCCCAAACCUAAGAGAAAGAAGCAGGCCGCUGGAGGCGUAGGUAAACCAAAGGCCAAGAAAAAAGGUCAGGGACCCCCUCGAAGACGCCCCCCGCCACCUCCACCCCCUGGGGCCAGAAUUCCUGGAAGUGCUCUGCUCCCCCCAACUACUUCCACUGUUCCUCCCACCCCACCAUUCUCAGCUCCUUGCCUGAAGAUGUCCACACAGUCCGAGGCAGAGCACAGAUUCGAGCAGACACUUCCCCCGUUCCCGUCCUACCAACCUGCAAACCAAGGCUCGCCUUUACAUCAGCCAGCUUCCGCGGCAGAUGAUUCCUUCACUUCCUCUCUUCCACCCUUGCCUCCAUUGCUCGGGUCUCCGAAGCUCCCCGGGAGAAAAGGGCCUCUCCCUCCCUCACCUACCGCAGGAUCGCCACAGACAGGGGAUCCUCCAUCCCCCAUACACCGUCGAGGGCUCCUCAACAGGAUCAAAAGCAGCUCGCUGAAAACACGAAAACCAGACAACCACUCCCCAACAACAGUUUCGCCUCUCCUGGCGGACGAAUUUGGGAGAGUAGGCGGUGAUCAGUCCCCGAAAGUCGGGUGGAAGAACAAGUUUCGGUUUCGUCGCGGUUCUGGAAACAGUGCUUCAACCAUGGAUAGCAGCAUGCCUGGCGAAGAAUAUGUAGGUGAAGCGUGUGGAGGGGCAGGGCACGGAGAGUCGCGGAAGAGGCGCAACCAGGAAGACAAACUUCCAGAGGUUCCUCCCACAGCCAAGUCGCGCAGCCUUCCCUCACCUUCUCGGCAAGGGAUCCACCGACAUCCGUAUGAUGGAGAGGAAGAGGAAAUUGAAGAUGGUCUUUACUCUGUUGUCAACAAACCAGCGAAGACUGUGCAGCGGCCUCAGGCUGCAGCGAUCAAAGCAGAAGCGACAGGGGGAGAGGGAAAUGAUGAUGCUUCGAAGGCAUACGAGGUCGUCAUACCACCAUCCUUGGUGCGAGCAAGAACUGGAUCUCGUGGUAAGAAUGAUGCCAUGAGAAAAUCAAGCUCUGUGGAACACUUGGAGCAAGAGGAUGCCCCCGACCUCGAUGAGGCAGUCGAGCAAGGAGAAAGAGUGGUUAUACUGGGUUCUCACUCCGCCACCUCCUCUCCCAUCCUUCCUCGUCGCAGGCCUCGACAAGGCGGUGCCGAGGAAGGCUUGCCUGAUCCCGUGCAUCGGGGGUUUCACCUUGGCACACUUCCGCGCAGCAGGAAACCUCCUGUGGCCCCUCCCCCAAAGACCCGCCAUGUUUACGCGACAGUUAGCAAGAGCGAGGAAGCUGCUGCUGCUGCUGCUGCUGCAAAGGGAAGUCCUCCUAGCACUCUACCAAAGCCGAAGAGAGGUGUAGAAGGAGGUGUUGUGAACACUACCCAGGAGACAAAUCCAAGGCCUGAAGGAGCUUCAGCAAAUUUUGAUAUACCGAUGCUCGAAGUCCUAGCACCGCUCGAUGCAGCAGUGUCUUUACCUUACAUGAUGGACUGCGGAAGAGUGGAUGAUGUUCUGAUGCCCGAUGCCAGUGCAAGUGACAAACAAUAUGACGAGGACGCUGUUUCUCUUCAGGGCCUUCCGAGCUCAGAGAUACGCCACGAACGGGCAGAGGACGGUCACAUCUACGCUGUUGUAGACAAAAAAGUAAGAAGAAAAAGAAGAAAAAGCCAGAGCCAGUUGAAAAAGAAAAUGUUGAUUGUGCCCAAGGAACUGCUCCAUUUGCACUUAGCAUAGGUGGAGGAGAUGAAGCACACCCAAAGUCUCCUACCAGAAAGCCACCAGUCAAACCACCUCGUGUGAAACCACUGAAACCGGCUCCGUACGUGUCUCGAGUAGGGAGCCCCAUCCCUGCCAUUUUGGCUGCAGCAGCAGCCGAGUGUUCCUCCCCCGUGCCUCCCCUCUCGCCCAGAAAUUGCUCGCCCCCCACCAUUCCAGGUCGUCUCCCCACGACUGUUGAGGCGCCUCGCUCACCACUUCCUCAGUUGUCGCCACUCACUGCUUCCCCUUUCCCUCCAGGCUUUACAGUGCCGCCUGAUGUGAAGCAGCAGAGUGUCAGACUGUCAAUGGUUGGUCCCCCCUCUUUCCCUCCUCCCCCUCCCCCAGAAGAUGCCUCUUCUUCCCCUCCCCUUGGACACACAUACGAGGCACCUCCCACACUAGCGAACGGCAGGUGUACAGGAGAUGCUACUCCUAAAGUUCCCAAGGAGCCAGCGAAACCACCACCCACUGCUGCAUUUGCAAUAGACGACGACAUUGAAGACGAAAGAACGCCCGGUUACGAAAUUGUUACAAGGGUGAAAAAGAGCAGAGCAAAGUCGGCAAAGAAAAGUUCCCGUGUAGAUGCACCUGUUAACGAAUCGCCUCCUACAAAGCAAAGGUCGCUUCCAGAAGAUAUCGUCGCGGGCCUGAAGCCCCCACUCCCUGCUCCUGCUCUUUUUAAGGACGUAAAUGCAAAGUCUUCGGCACGCUCGGCUGUUACCCAACGCUCACCCCACCUCUACGAAGCUGUCUCGGACGAUGUUAUUGAGAGUAACAGACCUAACCAACCUUUGCCCAAUGUGGCCGUCCCACGAUGUUCACACACAUACGAGACACUGGAAGAUGUCAAGAAGGCUCGACCAACGAAAGGGCGUCCCUUGACCACAAAGAAGCGACCCCCUCCCCCUGCUCCUCCCACCAAACCAGACAACGGACCACCGAUUGCUGAGACGACUGAUGGUGCUACUGAUCUUCCGACAAGUAGGGUGGCUCGACGGAGUGCCCUCAACAGUAGCAGCAGUAUAGUGUCUCCUGUUACAGAGAUUGUAUCCAACCCGAUGUCGUAUCUUGGAGCCAACAUGGCUGGGAAGCGGUUGACAGUCGAUAUCCAGUAUGAUGCUGACGAGGAAGAAGAAAGAGAAACAAAUGAGCCGAAGUUUCUCUUCACCAAGGGGCGUCUCUCCCAUUUUAUCCCUGUUGGCCAGGAAAAGCCAGAGGCAGUAGCACUGAGCCCUGGCCAUAGCUCCACCACCCAGAGUUCGAGCAGUGUCAGUGUGUAUGAGGAGGACUCGGACGCAGACAUAAUGUACUCGACGGAAUGGGAAUCGACCAGUGGUGAGGAGGACGAGGAGGAAGAGGAGGAGGAGGAAGAAGGAGAGGAAGGAAGAGUGAUCGCACACAAGCCACCGAGGACCAAGACCUUCUACAUUGCGCAGGAGAUUCUAACAACCGAAAGAACGUACGUGAAGGGGCUGAAGCUGAUCGACCGUGACUUCCGUUCCACCAUUCUCUCGGCAAACAGAGCCCACGACAAGCCGAUCCUGUCGGAGGACACACUCAAGCUGAUCCUAGGCAACGUCAGCAGCAUUCUGACACUCAAUGCUGGCAUGUUGGCAGAGCUGGAGGAGAGGAUGAAGAUGUGGGACACCGACCCAAGAAUUGGUGACAUCAUCCUCAACAGGGCACCCUACCUCAAGAUUUAUAGCGAGUACAUCAGUCGAUUCGACAAGGCUCUCAAAACGCUGGAGGAGGCGACGAGGAAGAAUCCCAACUUUGCGCGAGCUCUCCGCGAGUUUGAGGCACAGCCGUCGUGUGCCCAGCUCCCUCUCGCCGGCUACAUGUUGGAGACUGUCCAGAGAAUACCGAGAUAUAAACUUCUCCUGACAGAUUAUGUCAAGCACUUGCCAGAGAACUCACCAGACAGAACACCUAGUGAAAAGGCUCUGGGUAUCAUUUCGUCUGUUGCAACACACGUCAAUGAAACCAUCAGGCAAAUGGACAACUUCAAGAAGGUGAUGGAAGUGAGGAAGAAGCUGAUUGGAGACACCGGAGACACUCUGAUCACUCCGUACAGGAAGCUGAUCAAGGAGGGGAUGCUACUCAAGUUCUCAAGAAAAGAGCCACAGCCUCGAAUGUUCUUCCUGUUCAACGAUAUCUUGAUAUACGCCUCCUCAAUCCCUCCCACAAACGCCACGUACAAGGUGAUCAAGAGAAUCCCCCUCGAAGGAAUGAGAGUCGAGAUGUUGAAUGAUCCCGACAUGAGACAUGGGUUUCAGAUCAUCUCCACCUGCAAGUCUUUCCGACUGGAGGCCAGUUCAAAUGAGGACCUGCAUCAGUGGAUGAGUGCCUUUGACACAGCCAUCAAGGAGCACCGGGAGAAGGCACAGAGCAGACGCUCCAUCAGAGAACAGCUCAACCCUGACGGAGGGGAGGAGUGUGAAAGAAUACCACUGGGUCACCUGGCGCCCCCCUGGCUCCCGGACAGUGCCGUGAGCAUGUGUCAGUUGUGCAGUGUCCAGUUCACCGUCACACGCAGGAGACAUCACUGCAGAGCAUGUGGACAGAUCUUCUGCUCGGAUUGCUCCAGCUACCUCGCCCCACUUCGGUACAAGAGCGACAAACUGGGCCGCGUUUGUCAGUCGUGCUACGAGGGCAUCAAUGGGGUAAGUGGCCCGGGUGACGACAGAUCACUAAAGAGAGGCGUGGCAAGUCGGCCGGGUAAACCCCUGAAGAUUAACCUCCCGUCGGUACUGAAGGAAGUGAAGGCCAGAGAUCAGAACGCACAGAUAAGUGGCUACCUACUCAGUCAUGCCACGCGCUCUCGACGGUGGAAAAAGAAGUGGUUCAUCGUCUAUAACCUUGUCCUCUAUGAAUUCGAGAAACAUGAAGAUGUCACGGCAAAAUCCAGCGUGGCUCUGCCAAGCUACCAAAUCGAUGCGACUUGUCGACAGGACCAACAUGUGUUCUGUCUGAAGCACCCAGGCACAGGCAAACUCUACUUCAAAGCAGACACGGAAGAUCAAAGGGACAGAUGGCUGGAGGUUCUAGAAAAAGCCGUGAAAGGUGAGAUUGGUUCACCGCAGCACCCGCCAGCACCCCAUACUCCAAUUAGAGCCUCCUCCCCCCAGCCAGAUGACGCAAGCCUUUGACAAAAACAACAUGUUUUUAUGUCAGUUAUGUACAUGUGCCUUCGUCGUUUAUCAGCUAUAUAUAUUAUAAUGCAUUUUGUGUGGGUUGAUUUUUGUAUCAUACAACAAAGCCGCAUAAAUUUUUCAGCAAGGUAGA